AACCUCAUUUCCUUAUGUUUACUUUUCCCAUCAGCAUCCUCAAAAUGUUACAUGGUUCUCCCUUGACUUGUGGAACAUUGAACUUCCGCAAUCAGGGUCUAGUUUCGUUUCUUCAACCUUUCAACCCCUCCAAAGUCAACUCGCAGACCGUUGUCGCAAGAAACCAUUUGCAUGCUCUAGACCGGUCUAUCAAAGGUUGAAGUAAACGAAUUGAUUAUCGCUGCCUCUGCAAGAGCACAGUAGAAACUGUUAAAGAAUUACCUAGACUGUCAGUCAGUCAGUCACAAAGGAACACUAUCUGAAGAACUACCUUCCUGGCCUCGAGGCUAUCUAGGGGAGAACACUACCCUAGAACUUGACAACUCUGGAUCAACAUUGAUUCGCAAAAUCCUAAUUGAUUUACAAAAGAGAACUAUCCAAGAAAAUCUAUCUUGACAAAGCUCAAUUGAGCUCCGCCAAUUCCAACCUCACCAAAUCAGAUUUAAUACCUAGGACUCUUUGCAGCUUUCCACCUCCCACAAUGCCACCAACCGAAUCCACAAUCUUGACCAACUUCCUCAUCCCUCCCGCCUCUCUCCCAACAAUCAUCUCCCUCCAAUCCUUCACAUCCCUCUUCCCUCGCUCCCAACAAUCAUCCCCUGCAAUCCGCACCCUUUAUCGCGAUCUCCAACAUCAGCGCGCACAAUUACUCGAUAAAGUUACUGCGAACAUCGAACAAGAAGUACGACGUGGAAAAGCCAUGGAAAGAGCUGUUGUAAGGGGUCGAAGACAAGAUGAGAGAACUGCGCAAGACGACGAGGUGGAUAUUGAGCGUGCUGUUAGUUUUUCCCUUCCCUUCCCUUCCCUUCCCCUUCCCUUCCCUUCACUUCCCUUCCCUCCUCUUCACUUUCAUCCGCACAAACUCAAAAUCUAACUAACACCUCCUCCACAGCUCUUCCACCAAACUCAAAACCUCCCCCAUUCAACCCCGCACUCCCUGAACUCCAUCCUUCCAGCCCUCAGCUCCGCAGUCGAAGAUCUAGCAGAUGAGAUCGCACGCCUGGAUACUGAAGCCGAAGAACUAGUUGCUGAAAUGCAGAAUACGAUUGGUGGAUUGAGUGAUUUGCGCUAUGGACGGUUGGCAAAUACAGGAUUAAAGGCGCAGCUACUGGAGGGAUUAGAGAGGCUUGAGGAGGCUGCGACAAGAAAGUGACGGGUUGGUUGUGAAGUAUAUGGAUUUCGUGGAGUGAGAUAUCAGAGCUAUAGGAUGGCGAAAGGAAAACGUAUACUCGGUCAAUCGAUGCGCGCAGUAGGAACGGUAGGUCUUCGGAGCCGCGUAUGGCAAUGCAUAUUUCGCGCACUUGGGGGACUGCCGAAGCUGAAAACUGGCUUUAAUAUAUGGGAAGUGGAAAAUAUGCCUCCCUAGAAGCUGUGUCGCACUAUAUAAUGGAAGCUAGCGCGUGGACUUUGUUCGGGAUAUGAUCGUAU